GACGUUUGCUCCUGCGAUAUACCAAGAAAUAAGUGUACAGGGUUCUAUCCGCCACCGCCAGAUCCCUCGCCACGGAGGUUUUAACCAUGACCAACCGCAGCAAUAGGGACACACGAUGCAGUGGCUUUUGAUCAAUCCAGCGAUACGGCACUGGCCGUAACCUCACAGUUAAACUGUGAACCGGGAACUUGCAACUCAUACAUCUGAAACUGUUACCUUACCAGACUAGAACAACUGAGCUGGUUCCCACUGGACUACUCUAGGUUCCACAGUCUGUAACAUAGCAUGGCGGACGAAGCAGCGCUGUUCGAGCAACUCAACAGAAUCUCCGCUACCGACCAAGCCGCCGCGAAGCAUUUCGGGAUCGGCAUUGGGACGAUCGUUGGUGCUUUCGUCUUCGUAUACUGGGGACAGCGGCUCUGGGACCGAGUAUCUGGACGCAAGGGUGGUAUUGUCCGCGCUGUGUCUUAUGUAGCACGGCCGCUCAGACGCAUUGCGAGCGGCGUCCCUGUUGGAGGCUUUCUGAUAUUACCUGGCCGGAUCUUGCUGGCGUUGGUAUAUCUCGCGCUGAACAUCGCUCUAACGUUUACAAACGUCGACUGGUCUCAACGGACAUUCUUCGGGAAACGUCUGGGAUGGAUGGCCCUUUGUAAUAUGUGCUUGGCAGUCUUUCUGGGCCUCAAGAAUACGCCUUUGUCGCCACUCGCCGGAUGCUCGUAUGAGGGUUUAAAUGUCCUUCACCGAUGCUGUGGCUACACUACAAUCCUCUACGUGAUCCUGCACGCAAUCGUGAUUGUCACCGGCCUAGUCCAUGAAGGCCAACUCUACUUGAUGAGAAUGUCGCAGCAAUAUGCAGGUGCUGUGGCUGGGCUUUCCAUGCUCAUCAUCCUCGCCUCUACGGCCAGCAUCAUUCGAAGACGGCAGUAUGAGCUGUUCAUCACCAUGCAUGUUGUGCUUGUUGCAGUCAUUCUAGCGACAGCCGGGUUCCAUACCUUCAACCCGCCUUACAUAUCGCCGAAGACACUCCUGAUCACUACGCUCGCGGCAGGAUUCUGGGCUAUCGAUCGGCUGCAACGAGUCAUUCGCUGGACUUACUAUGCCGCCGGGAACCACUGUACCCUUACACCACUACCCGAGGAAGCAACACGUGUUGAGAUGCAUCGUGCGGUCAAAGCUGCGCCAGGAUCCCACAUCUUCUUAUGGAUCCCGGGCGUCAAGGUGCUCCAGAUCCACCCCUUUACGCUCAACAAGCCUACCGAGUUCGUCAUCGCAGCUCGUGACGGGUUCACUAAAGCGUUGUACGAGAAGGCGUGCUCGAAGCCAGGUAUAAGACUGAAAGCCAGCGUCGAUGGACCGUAUGGCUCGGCGCCCAAAGUGCGAGCAUACGACAAGCUGGUCCUCCUGGCUGGUGGUAGCGGAGCAACAUUUACAUUGGCGCUGGCACUGGACUGGUCAAGACACCUUCGGCUGAGGAGGCACGGCAGUACGCUCAUUUUCGUCUGGACUGUGAAAACAAGAGCGUACCUUCAAUGGUUCGAGGCUGAGCUCACCGAACUGGCGAAUAACCCAGCAAUUGAUCUCCGGGUUCAUAUCACGGGCAAGAACACCUCUAGAUAUGCAUCUCCAUCGCUGACGCCCGGCUGGUCAUAUCCGCCAAGCCCUCCAAUGGAGCUGAGCGUCAUCCCCGAUAGCAGUGCAGCCGAGAAGGGCACUAAGAUGCCGAAUGUGAAGGAGAUGGAGUGCUCGCAGUACUCGCGGUCGGCGUCGACCGUCUGGCCCAGGAUUCACUAUAACCGUCCUAAUGUUGAAGAUGUAGUUGAGGGCGCCCUGGCAGGGUUGGCGGUCACUAAGCGUGUGCUUAUCGCUGCUUGCGGCCCUGGUGGCCUCUUGACCGAUGCGCGCAUAGCAGCUGCUGCUCGUAUGAGAGCUGAAUUGCCCAGCGUGCACUUGCACCUUGAGGAAUUCGAGUGGUGAGCCACAAGCGCAAUACUCAGGUCAAUGAAUCCGAUUGCGAUCAUGCUAGACUCGAGGCGCAUCACCGCAUCACCCUUCGCAAACGACUAUGCUCGGAAGGCCUGUAUGAAAGCUCGAGAUACUUGGUGGACGGUCGAGCAUUGCAUACCCGGAUACAUACGAGGUUGCUUGUGAAGACUCGUGUGCGUCAG